UUAGAAAGUUCCAGAACUUUCUAACAUGUUUGUGGGAACAUCAUUUCACAAACUAAAGCAGCAGGAAGCAGUCCUGAAAUUUUWAUUAUUAUUUUUUAAACAAUUUCCCACAAAAUCAGUGCAWCUUUWACUUUUUAAGAUUCUUAUUCUGUGUAUUUCUGUAGGAGAUUCUGGCAACAGAGUUUAAAAACCAACCAAGAACCRGAGAUACUGGGAAACUGGUUCUGGUUUAGUCCGACUUCAACUGCAGACUGCAAAUACUGGAGCAAAAACAAGAAACGAGGAUGGACGUUUGAAGUACAAACUAACAGGAAUCCAAGGAGAAAAAGAAGAAUAUUUUUUAUUCUCUUCAACUAGCAACAAAGUGGUUUCAGUGUUUCCCCAUGACGACUGAGAAAACUGAAGAAAAUGAAGAGACAUGUGGACGUCAGAGACAAGAGGACAGCAGCAGCAAAGCGUCCUUCACGACUCUGAGCUCCAUCGCCAUCCAGGCCGGCCAGACCCAGAUUGUUGCUUCUGUCCUCCAGAGCGGCUCUCUGAUCCACCUCCAGCUGGUCCAGUUCCAGCCAGGACUCUGUGAGAUCGGAUCGGACCAGGAGGAAAACCACAUCCUGAUYCAGGAGCAGCAGCAGCUGCUGGAGAAACUUCAGAAGCAUGAGCCUGAAGUGUUGACUAUGGUGGAAAAGAAACACCAGGAGAAACUGAGGAUGAGGAGGAGGGAUGGAAGGAGGAAGCAGAAGGAAGAGGAGGAGUUGACUGAGGCGAUGAAGGCUUCUCUGAGGGAGGGAUGGUCGCUGCUUCUCCGACUGCUGGAGAGACGACUGGACGUCCUGAAGCAGGCUUCAGAUUUCUUCUGCCAAGCGAUGGAGUUUGCCAUUGGCAUCGAAGGAUUAGAGGAUCUCCAGAUUAAAAAUGAAGACAAACUGAAUGAUGUUCAGGUCUCCUAUGACUUCAUGAGGAAAGAUCUUCUGGGAAAGUCGCUGCAGGUUUUAACCAGCAGCAGCAUCCUGCUGCAAAGACUCAGACAGCUGCAGAGGACCGAGGCCCUCCAGAGGAGAGGAAGAGUACUGCAGGGUGAUGAAGAAGAUGWGGAGGAGAGUUCCCAGYACAGCAGAGGCCCAGUGCUGAGACUGGAGCAACUGGUGGAGGACCUGCAGGACCGAAGGCGGAGGGCCGACCAGGCUUUCAGACUGCAGCUGCAGCAGGCAGAAGUGGUUMUCAACACGAGRGAAGAGUCCAAAGCAAAAGCAAGUCUUGAUGUUAGAUCAUCACUUUUGUUUUUAUUGAUCGUUAUAAAUCAGUUCACUUCCUUUUGAUGUUCUGUCAGCUGAUUUCUGCAGAAUUCAUGUUUUAACCUGUGAAAAWCUGGAAGAAAAAGAAKAAAUGUUCAUUAAUUUCUCACCAKCCCUGUUUAGUCUGCUUUAAUCAAACUCUGGUYCAACUAAAAACCUCUGUCUCGUUUUGGUUGAAGUGAACUCUGGUGCAGUUURAAYGYACAGCGCUCCAAAAGCUGGAAGCARACUAUAGCACAGGGCAUUCUGUUUAGUUCCACUAAAGGGUUUGGUUCAUUUGACAUGGUGCAGUGUGAAAGUGAACCGCACCAGUUAAAAAUGRAACAAAUACUGCAAUUGUGGUCUCAAAUUGACCUGAAUCUACCAGACUAUGAGGUGUGAAAACAGCCUAAAUCUUUGAUUUCAGAUGCAGAUCUGCUUUCACUGAUARAUAACUCCAAAAAUCCACUGUUUGUCGCAUCUUUCCCUGUGAAUCAGCAGCUGUUCCUUUUGUUCCCCACAACYUUUCUGAUCAGUUUUUAUUAUUAUUUUACCACAGAACCAGAGUCUACUGAACCAGAACCUGCAGUUUGGAUCGACAUCAG